AUGACCGAAUCAUCGCAAUCGCCUCUCUCCGGCCUAUGGAAGCCUACCCAUCUUCAACAGCUCUUCUACGGUGCCGACUGUGUGUCCAAGCAUUUGUUGGAAUGCCUACCCACAGAUGAUUCGAAGGCCUUCAUCAUCACUGGCUCCUCGCUCGCAAACAAAACCUCUCUGAUCAAAUCUGUCGAAUCACAAUUGGGAUCUCGUCAUGCGGGCACCUUCUCCAACAUCAAACAACACGCUCCAGUAGCAGAGCUCGAUAAAGCCACAGAUGCCGUUCAGAAUGACAGCAGCAUUGAUACCAUCAUCAGUAUCGGUGGCGGCUCUCCCAUCGACAGCGCAAAGGCCAUCUCCUACCGCUUGAACGAAAAGUCUGGUCGUUUCCUCCAUCACAUUGCCAUUCCCACCACUCUGUCUGCCGCAGAAUGUACAUUCAACGCUGGCUACACGACUGAGAGUGGUCAAAAGACUGGAGUUGCGCAUGCCGAAUUAGCUCCCCAUGCUAUCCUCUACGAUUCCAAGUUUGCUCUCGAGACACCCGAGAAAUUGUGGAUGAGCACAGGUCUCCGUGCUCUCGACCACGCGGUAGAAUUGAUGUAUCACCCCACAAGCACAGAAGUACCUUGUCGCCAGAUGGCAUUAAUAGCUGCCCAUGACUUGUUCACUUACCUGCCAAAGUACAAGUCUAACCCCAAAGACGAGGACAUCAUCACGAAGCUGCAAUUGGCGAGCUACGCAUCCCUAGGCUUCCUGGGCUUGAACGUAAAAGGUGGGCUGGGUUUAAGUCACACCCUCGGCUACGCUCUGGGAUCGCCUUAUGGUAUCCCCCACGGCAUAACAUCUUGCAUGACUCUGGGCCACGUUGUAAAACUCAAAGCGUCCACCGAUGCUUCCGCAGCCUCUCAGAUCUCGCGCUUAUGCCCUUUCUUCGCUCUUACCAAGUCUGGGGACGACGUAAAGGAUGGUGAAGCUGUGGGUGAGGCCAUCUUGAAGCUUGUAGAAAGCUUGGGCUUGAACAGUACAUUGACAGAGUACAAAGUUGAUGAGAAGGAGGCACAUACCAUUACGAAGACAUGUACGAGGGCGGAGAGUGGCAAGCAAUAUGAUGCUGUUAUGGAGCUUGUCAAGAACUUGUGGUGA